GAAGUGUACGGUGGUUCCAGACUCCCACUACUUUGUCAAAGGAGUACAGCAGAAGAAGAAGCAAGCACACAUCAACCAUCACAUAUAUAUUAUGACUAUGAGUCCUCUUCAAGAAGGCAAUCAUCCGAACCAAAUACACUGUAACUAACAGCAUUAGUCACCACCGUAAACGGAGGCGCCGGAAAUGCCUAGCCUUCAUUAUUAUCUUUUGUUUUUUUCGACCAAAACUCUCCCUCCCUGACUAGUUAAUUUCAGCUUCUCUUUCAAGUGAAUGUACGUACCCUUUAUGUUUCUUCUUCACUUUUGGUACCCAUCCUAUUACAAAAAUCUUGCUUGAAUGGUUAGGAAAGUAUAGGAGGAGGAAGUUAAUUAGCCAGAGGUGUUUGAUUUUGACUUUGAGAGAAAGAGAGAGAUGGGUGUGUUAAAGAGAGCGCUGGUUUUUGGAGUGGUGAUAACGAUGGUUAUGGUGAUGAGAGUGGCUUCACAUGAUUAUGGGGAUGCAUUGACUAAAAGCAUUUUGUUCUUUGAAGGGCAGAGGUCAGGGAAGUUACCUUCUACACAGAGAAUGACUUGGAGGAAGGAUUCUGGUCUUCAAGACGGCUUUCAGAUUGGUGUUGAUUUGGUUGGUGGAUACUAUGAUGCUGGCGACAAUGUCAAGUUCAACUUUCCAAUGGCAUUCUCAACAACAAUGCUGGCAUGGAGUGUAUUAGAUUUUGGCAAUUUCAUGGGUCCAGACCUGCCAUAUGCACUAGAAGCUAUUAAGUGGGCAACCGAUUACUUCCUUAAAGCCACAAGCAUCCCUGGCUUUGUAUUUGUUCAAGUUGGUGAUCCUUAUGGUGAUCACAAUUGCUGGGAGAGGCCUGAAGACAUGGACACACCUAGAAUCCCUUAUGCAGCUAGUAAACAGUUUCCAGGCUCAGAGGUGUCAGCUGAGAUAGCAGCUGCACUUGCAGCAUCUUCCAUGGUGUUUAGGCCUCGCAAUCCUGCAUAUUCUGCCAGGCUUCUCAAAAGAGCUGCAAUGGUGUUUCAAUUUGCAGAUGCUAACCGUGGUUCUUACAACGAUACCCUGGGACCGUGGGUGUGCCCAUUUUACUGCGAUUUCAGUGGCUACGAGGAUGAAUUGAUCUGGGGAGCAGCAUGGCUAUAUAGGGCGACCAAAGCACCUAAUUACUGGAGUUAUGUUGUGCAAAACAUAAGCCAUUUGGAAAAAAAAGUUGCCAAACAUACUGAUCGAGUCGGCUAUGGCGGUGGUAGCUUCGCUGAAUUCGGAUGGGAUACUAAGAAUGCUGGUAUUAACAUACUUGUUUCAAAGUUGUUGCUUUCAAGCAAGACUUCUGAUGUAGGUCCAUUCAUUCCCAAUGCAGACAAGUUUGUUUGCACUGUGUUGCCCGAAUCACCUACUGUCUCAGUCUCAUACUCUCCAGGUGGACUUCUGUUCAAACCAGGAGGAAGUAACUUGCAACAUGCCACAGCUUUAUCCUUUCUUCUUCUUGCUUAUGCUCGUUAUUUGAAUCAAUCCAAUAGAGAAAUUCAUUGCGGUAAUGUUGUUGCCACUCCUGCUAGACUUAUUCAAUUCGCAAGAGGGCAGGUGGAUUACAUACUGGGAACUAAUCCAUUGAAGAUGUCAUACAUGGUUGGAUAUGGCAGCAAAUUCCCUCGGAAGAUACACCACCGCGGCUCGUCUCUGCCUUCUGUUGAUCAACACCCUGCCAGGAUCAAUUGUCAAGGUGGAACUCCAUACUUCCAAAGCAAUGAUCCUAAUCCUAACUUGCUAAUAGGAGCUGUUGUUGGUGGACCUGAUCAAGGGGAUUCCUACUCUGAUUCUAGAGCAGAUUUUGUACACACAGAGCCAACCACAUAUAUUAAUGCACCUCUUGUUGGCCUCUUGGCUUACUUCAGAUCACAUCCGCCCUUGUAGAAUCCCCCCCCAUCCUGCUGAUAUUCUGUUCCUAAUGUUUUCUUUUCUCCUUAAAGGAGAAGAAAGGGAUUAAUUACAAUUACAAUUACAAGUAUAAUUAUAUUCUUUGCCAAU